AUGGCAUCAGAACCCGAGAAGAACAAAUCUGGAGGUACGGAGAGCCAAGGCGACAGUAGCCUCGACGCUGAUAUCCAUCGAAUUCAUUCUCAAAUCGAGCUUUUGCUGGAAGGCCUACGCAUUGACGGUAAUAGCAGCGCCAGUCAUUCAAUCGUUCAGGCUAUCCAAGACGGCGAGUCCCUUGAAUCAGUACUCUCCAUCGCCAUGGAGCUUGUCACGCAAGACGGGAAGAAGAAGAAGAAUCAGAAGCCAUAG